UUUGUUGGAUUACAGGUGGGAAAACCAACAACGCGUUUUGGACUGCACUGAAAACAUGGAGGCGGUGGGAUGGCACUUUACGUUGUCUCUGAUCCUUGCUGUGUUAACUUUUUUAUGCACACACGGACAGGCUAAUGGGGACUGCCCUGCUGAUGGACGCACAUGGGUGUCCUUUGGCCAAAACUGCUACCACUUCCUGCAUGGAGAAGAGGACGUCUUCAAACGCUACACUAUAGAAAAGGCUAAAGAAAUGUGCAAAGGCUUUGCCCUCCUGUCAGUGCUCAGCGCUGAAGAAAAUGACUUCAUCGUUGACUACAGCCUGAAAGUGUGGAAAGGCAACAUCGAUGUCUGGCUGGGAAUGUACUUCGACAGUGAUGAUGAUGAGUUUAAAUGGAACGAUGAGUCUCCUUUGACCUUUAAGAACUGGGAAGAGGGGGGUGUGGAAGAAAUGCCCCGGAUUGACACAUGUGUCGCAUUGCAUGUUGCCUCAGGAAAGUGGGAGAACGUUAGCUGCUCUGAGCAGCCAGAGAAUGGAGUGGUGUGUGAAACGGCCCAGAAGGCAGAAAAGAUAAAAACAAAUGGUAGUCCUGUCCUCUCAGCACUGGUCAUCUUAAGCGUAAUUGUUAUUCUGGGCAUAUCGGCUGUUGUCUGGUUCCUUCAGCAAAGGCACAGCUCCGGUUCUUCCCUGCUUGCCUCCUUCGAGUACCAUCCUCCUUUCAGAGCACCCUCCGCUGAUCAGACAUGCCUGGUGGAGGCAGAAGAGAUUGAUGAAACUUCUUAAAGUCCAGCAGCCCAGAGGUUCCUAAUGUUGUUGUGUUUUCAGCUAUACCCCUGUUAGAGAUUAAAUGACACUGGAUGGGUGCAUACUGCAAGAAGAUCAUCUGUUUUUUUUAGCUAUGCAAAAUUAAAUGGGUAUUGGUUUUGGUAUGGUUAGUUAAUAUGCUUAAUCAACACCUCUUCUGUUUUGACGUUGGUUGAUCUAGAGUUUGUCAAGGGUAUGUGCUCCUAGUUUAUAGGAGGAUAAAAGACUACAUGGUGCAUUUUGUAACUACCAUACUGUUUGCUUGUUUUUGUGACACCUGGGAGAACAGUCAUAGAGAAACUCAAUUCUAAACAGUGCUAAGGGUUUGCAGGAGUCUGUGAAGGCAGCACUAAAGAUGUGGAGAUAUGAUGUAGAAUUUAGACAAAUUCUGAAUUCCAAAUGUUUUGCACAAAGCCGUCCUUAAACUCUUGGAUGAUGCGUCUAAUUUUUCUAAAGACCUCCAAACUAUGGAGGUUGUUAAGCUAUUUUCUUUAUCUAACUCAGUGUUAUUUGUAAAUUUGGCAAGUCGCCCUGUCUAGAUGUCAAUUCUUGCCCGUUUCAAUCUUGCUAUCCCAUCAUGAGCCAAUGCCCUACUUUUUUGAAAGCCACUAAUUAAGAAUGAUAGAUAUGCAAUGCAAAUGUAAAGUCUCAAUUUUAUAUUUAUUCACAUAGUGGGGUUAAAGCAUACAGAUCAAAAGAGAAAUCAAUAAUCUGAUUUUGAAACCUUUCUUUGUUGCAAAAUUGUUUGUGGACAUUCUUUGUGUUUUGUUGUCUGACAUUUUCCUGAAGAAUCUAACUAAUGUAAUUGUAAUAUUAGUCAAUGGCUAUUUGUUUUGCUCCUCUGAACAUGAGGAGGUGCCUUAGGAAUUAAUCAAAUUAAAGCAGAAGCCGUAAUGAUUAUGAACACCGCAUCAUCUACCCAUUGUUCACAUUCAGUAUUGUAGCUGAAUCAUAAGCAUUUCAGAGUGAAAUGUUUAUUCAUUUAAGAAUGAAAGAACAAUCUUAGAGCAAUCUUUCUGAGGUGUUUUGGACCUGUGACUCUUACUGUAUGAUUUUUUUUUCUAGGUGUUUGUGUGUGUGUGUGUGUGUGUGUGUGUGUGUGUGUGUGUGUGUGUGUGUGUGGGUGUGGGUGUGGGUAUGUGUGUGUUUUUGUGAAUAUUUUUUUUGAAGAAUGCCAUGCUUUAUUACAGGUCUCAUAGCUUUUAAAGUUUAAUAUUUUGAAGACAAAAAAACAAUUGAAUGUCUCUACUAACUUUGUCCAGUGUUACACAAAUCAGAGGUCACUUAUGUAAAAUGUUGAUUAUGGCUUUAUCUUUGUGUGUAGAAUAAAAGCCAGUCACUUGGUAGAAGUAAA